CGGUCUUCUUGUGUCUAAGGCACAGCCUGGUACUCAGCACGGCCGAGGUCACCUGUGACCUCAGGCCGGGCCGGGCAGGUGCCAAGGGCACGGGGCUAACCCUCUGCGACUAGAGCAGAGGUGACAGGCAGCCCUUGGCUCGUGAAGAAACCCAGAAUCGCAGUCCCAAGAGGCCAAGCCAGCCGGGUUACCCUCCCAGUCACCUUGCACUGAGUCCCGAGCUGCCAGAGUCCCCGCCGCCGCCACCGUUCUACUUCCGGCCCUGGCUCCGCCUACACACGCCUACCCGCCAUCGCAGUGCAUUAUGGGCCGCCGCUUCAGUCGUUCGACGCUCACCGGACAGGAAGCGCCUCGGAGACAGUCUGCGACCGGACGCCUCUAGGACUGAACAUUGAAAAACUUCAGCCAUGACUAAGAGAGAAGCAGAAGAGCUGAUAGAGAUUGAGAUUGAUGGAACUGAGAAGCCAGAGUGCACAGAAGAAAGCAUUGUGGAACAGACCUACACCCCAGCUGAAUGUGUAAGCCAGGCAAUAGACAUCAAUGAACCAAUAGGCAAUUUAAAGAAACUACUAGAACCAAGACUGCAGUGUUCUUUAGAUGCUCAUGAAAUUUGCCUGCAAGAUAUUCAGCUGGAUCCAGAACGAAGCUUGUUUGACCAAGGAGUGAAAACAGAUGGAACUGUACAGCUUAGUGUACAGGUAAUUUCCUACCAAGGAAUUGAGCCAAAGCUAAACAUUCUUGAAAUUGUUAAAACUGCGGAAACGGUUGAAGUGGUCAUUGAUCCAGAUGCCCACCAUGCAGAAGCAGAAGCACAUCUGGUUGAAGAAGCCCAAGUGAUAACUCUUGAUGGCACCAAGCACAUCACAACGAUUUCGGAUGAAACCUCGGAGCAAGUGACGAGAUGGGCUGCUGCGCUGGAAGGCUACAGGAAAGAGCAGGAGCGCCUCGGGAUCCCCUAUGAUCCUAUACAGUGGUCCACAGACCAAGUCCUGCAUUGGGUGGUUUGGGUAAUGAAGGAGUUCAGCAUGACUGAUAUAGACCUCACCACACUCAACAUUUCGGGAAGAGAAUUAUGUAGUCUCAACCAAGAAGAUUUUUUUCAGCGGGUCCCUCGGGGAGAAAUUCUCUGGAGUCAUCUGGAGCUUCUUCGAAAAUAUGUUUUGGCAAGCCAAGAACAACAGAUGAAUGAAAUAGUUACAAUUGAUCAGCCUGUGCAAAUUAUCCCAGCAUCAGUGCAAUCUGCUACACCAACUACGAUCAAAGUUAUAAACAGUAGUGCAAAGGCAGCCAAAGUACAGAGGUCCCCAAGGAUUUCAGGAGAAGACCGAAGCUCACCUGGAAACAGAACAGGAAACAAUGGUCAGAUCCAACUGUGGCAGUUUUUGUUAGAACUUCUCACUGACAAGGAUGCUCGAGACUGUAUUUCUUGGGUUGGUGAUGAAGGCGAAUUUAAGCUGAAUCAGCCUGAAUUGGUUGCACAAAAAUGGGGACAGCGUAAAAACAAGCCUACAAUGAACUAUGAGAAACUCAGCCGUGCGUUACGGUAUUAUUAUGAUGGGGACAUGAUUUGUAAAGUUCAAGGCAAGAGGUUUGUGUACAAAUUUGUUUGUGACUUGAAGACUCUUAUUGGAUACAGUGCAGCAGAACUGAACCGCUUGGUCACAGAAUGUGAACAGAAGAAACUGGCAAAGAUGCAGCUCCAUGGAAUUGCCCAGCCAGUCACAGCCGUAGCCUUGGCUGCUGCCUCUCUACAAACAGAAAAGGACAAUUGAGACCUAGGACCUCCUGGGAGUCUAAGGCUUUUCUUAAAUAUUCAGAGCAAGCUUGGCUCUAACCUUUAUUACUGAAUUUGAAUCUUAUUUCUAGACUGUACAAUCUGAUGCAUGAUUUUUUUAUAAAUAUUUCAUACUCUUGUGAAUUUGGAUCUUUUUACUUUGAGCAUAUAUUUUAGAAAAUGUAUGUUAAAGGAUCCCCACGAUGCCUGAAGUGUGAGAGCAGGUUCAUCAUGGGGUAGUUUGCUAACAGUCAGGAAAGCUAAACUGGUCAGUAUUAAUGUCUAGCCCUACCAAAACCAGCCAGUAGCGUCUGCAGAUGACAGUAGGGAGUGUCUCCAGGAAACAGCCACCAGUGUAACCAUCGCUGGAGUGAAGAAGCUGUUUCCUCUCUGCUGCUUUACAUAGAGCCCGAAAAAGGAAGUCCUCAGCUAAAGCAUGUGUGCCUGUUUCAUCUAAUCAAGCAGAGCUAAAUGGUCAUAUCAAAUACAAUUAUAUGGAUAAUUACUAAACUAUCAGGUUAUUAAUUUAUAUAUUUGCAAGUAAAGAAUAAGUUAACUGGCAGAAGAGAGUGUGGAAUGAGACCCAGGUUUAAAGCUGGCUUAACUCAAGCCAUUAUUAAUGGUUUUCUGUAUAGUUUAUUCAUUAUGUCAGGACAAGGACUUAAAUUAUUUUGAGAGAGGCGUUUAAUUCUAAUAAACCAGCUAUUGCAAAAAUUCCAAGAUGAUAUCAUUCUUUCUCUCAGAUUUAAAAAAGUAUACCUCAGCAAGAAAAUAAAAAUUUGGUUUAGUUUAACUUCUUUUUUUAAAUUAAUCUGUAGUACCAGAUUAUUAUGCAACACCAUUUAUGUAUUCAUUUCUGUGUUUCUGAUAAAAUGACUUGAGAUCAGACGAAAGUACUUAACGUUUGAAGAUGUUAGUGAAUGACUUGUGAAUAGUUAUGAAAGGAUAUUUGCCUUGGCGCUGUAGGUGAUCUUUAAAUAAACUUCCCCACUUGUUUCAUCUUUUUUCCUUUUGAAUAUUGCAUAUGUGUCUCUAAAAACAUAAAUGGCCAACUAAUCACUUUCUGCAUGUAUGAAGACAUAAAGAUAUUCAAAAGGGAGACUAUUAAUUCUAAAAUCUUUAAAUAAAUCUUAUAUGAGAUGCCUUACUGCUUGCUAACACUAAGAAGAAAAGGCUAGAAAAAAAAUCUUUUUUGUUUGUUUUAAAGUAUUUUGCAUAAAUCAUGAUGUGAGAGACUAGCAAAUAGUUUUCAAAGCAGAAAGGUGUUCCUUAGAACAGUAGAAGGCCACUUUAUACACCCCUCUCAUUUUGUUCUUUGAAUUCAUGCCAGAGACGGCUGUAGACGAGCCCAUUGGGUGUUGACCAGCAGGGAAAGCACAUGUGACUGCAGCCAUGGUGUUGCCAGGACUAAGCAGUGGCUGGGCUUAUGAGAAAGGACAGGAAAGGAGGGUUGCUCACCUCCUGCGUCAUCCUUUCCACUGCUGUGCUGUCAGUCUUCAAGGAUGGUUAGUUUGCUUACAUUAAGUCCUUUAAGAUUCUACAGUAAAUACUGAAAAACAAUUCAAUUGUAUUUUUAUUUUAUUUUUAGUGAAGAGCUGGCAAAUAUCAGUAUAAUUUAAUCCCCGUGAUUUUAAGAAUAUCUGAGUAUAAAAAUGGUCUCGAGGCCCUAACUUCAGAUAACAAUUUAGUAGCUAUAAAGAGGCUUUUCUCAUCUUUUCAAAGCCUGGAGAGCCAUAAUUCACUGUUUCAAAGCAGGAUAUUUUCAUAGUACUUUGAGAGCUUGAGAAUUUUACAGUUAAAAUGUUUCAGAGACAUGGUGUUGAGGACAGGCUUUAUGUUUCAUUUGUUUGUUUUUAAGGAACAUCUGUAUUUCUAGGUCCCUAAAAUCUUAUUAAGCAUUUUCAAAUGCGUUUUAAAAAAAAAACAA